GCCCAGGCCCGGGCCGGCCACGCGGUGGGAACUUCCCGCCCGCCCGUCGAGCCUAGGCCUAUGGAAGCAGCUGCUCUGCCUAGCCCCAAGGAAGUUCAGUGCCGAUUGGAUGUUGCGCCGUCCAAUGGGAGGCCGCGUGCUUCACGGGUGCCGUUGCCAGGACACCGCGUAAACAGGAGCGGAGCGUUCGCGCGGUCGGCGGCAGCCAUGGCGGCGGAGCUGCGGGCCAGGACUGUUUCUUCACCCAAGGCCGCAAAGGAGCCCAAAAGAAGGUUGAGUUUUAGUGAAAGGCACCAGAAAUUAGUAGAUGAAAAUUACUCCAGAGUAUCGAAUAUAGAAGCACUGAAAGUAAUAGAGCGCCAAAUCAAGAACCAGAAGGUGCAGAAUGACAAUGAUGAGCGACUGGAGCACAAGAGAUUCCUUCGAAUCUUACAGAAUGAACAGUUUGAGUUGGAUAUGGAAGAAGCCAUCCAGAAAGCAGAAGAAAACAGGAGGAUACGGGAACUGCAGCUUAAACAAGAAGAGAAACUGGCUCAGGAACUGGCAAAACUGAAACAUGAGAGCUUGAAGGAUGAGAAAAUGCGGCAGCAAGUGAGAGAGAACAGUCUUGAGCUCAGAGAAUUGGAGACGAAAUUAAAAGCGGCUUAUAUGAAUAAAGAAAGGGCAGCCCAGAUUGUGGAGAGGGACGCCAUGAAAUAUGAGGAAAUGAAACGUGAUGCCGAAAUAGGGAGAACCAUGAAGGAGGAAUACGAGCGGGCACUGGCGGAGGAGAGCGCUGCCGAGGACAGACGGAAUAAAGAAAAGGCUCAGUACCAGUUUGAGCUGGAGAAGCAGCUGGAAGAACAGGAAAGGAAAAAGCAAGCCGCUUAUGAGCAGUUGCUGAAGGAAAAACUCAUGAUUGAUGAGAUCAUGAGGAAGAUCUGUGAAGAAGAUGAGUUGGAAAAGCAACACAAGUUAGAAAAAAUGAAUGCAACCCGUAAGUAUAUUGAAGAGUUUCAGAAAGAGCAGACUCUCUGGAAAAACAAGAAACGUGAGGAGAUGGAAGAAGAAAACAAAAAAAUCAUAGAGUUUGUUGAGAUACAGCAGCAGAGAGAAAAAGAGCGAAUUGCAAAAAUUCAAGAGUAUGAGAAGAAAAGGCUACAUCUUCAGAAACAGGCAGCUCAGAAAUUGGAAGAAGUGUUGCAGCAACGUGACGAUUUGGAACAAGUGCGUCAAGAGCUAUACCAGGAAGAGUGGGCCGAGAUGUGUACAAGGAAGCUCAAAGAGGAAGCAGAAGAUAAACUGAGAAAGCAAAAAGAGUUGAAGCAAGAUUUUGACGACCAAAUGGCACUGAGAGAACUUGUACUACAAGCCGCAAAAGAGGAAGAGGAGAGCUUCCGAAAAGCCAUGCUAGCGAAGCUCGCCGAGGAUGACCGCAUAGAACUGAUGAAUGUUCAGAAGCAGAGGAUGAAGCAGCUGGAACACAAGCGGGCAGUGGAGAAACUGAUUGAGGAGCGGCGCAAACAGUUCAUUGCAGACAAGCAACGGGAACUGGAGGAGUGGCAGCUGCAGCAGAAGCAGCAAGGCUACAUCGACACCAUCAUUGAAGAAGAAAGGCUGAAACUUCUCAAAGAGCAUGCCGCCAAGUUACUGGGCUAUCUCCCUAAGGUCAGUGAGUCAGCUAGAGGUGCAGUCUUUGGGACACUAGCACAGAAGUAA